CCCUUUCAUUACUAUAUCCAAAGUCUUUCUAAUUCUUGAAUCCCGAUGAUGUUAUAUCUAUACUUUUUAUAGUUUGUGUGAUUCACGAGAGAGAAAAAAGAGAAGAGAAAGAAACAAAAAGCGAAGACCGAUCUGAUCGAUUACUUCCAUGGAGAAACCAGCAAGAUCAAAGGGGAAAAUCUUCUCAUUCAUACCAGGAGCCACCUCUGUCUCAUUCCAUAACCCACCCAUCAGUCCUGGUCCUGAGAAAAGGCCCGAGAAUUGGAACAAGUUCAAGGCCAAUCCGGGCAAAGGCUUCUCCGGUCCCAUCAUAUCCAUUAUCCCAGCCGAGGCUCGCAGGAAAUCAAGGAGUGGUAGCUUCGAUGUCACAGAACCCACAUCCCCGAAGGUCUCUUGUAUGGGUCAAAUCAAACACAAGCACAAGAAGCUCAAGAACAAGAAGAAGAACACUGUGAAAUCCAAGAGUCUGCCUUCUCCUCGGGAUUUCUAUAAACUUGAAUCGUCUCCCGGAGAAGCAAAGAAGAAGCCCUCAUCGGCGAUCCGUAGAAUUUUCGGGAUUAGGAGAUCUGAUCAUUCUGAUGUUCCUGAUAGAGAAGAAGAAGCAGUUCAGGUACAGGGUAAGGCGACUUCUUUGGGUCAGAUGAAGCGGUUCACAAGUGGUCGUAAUUCUCUGGCCAAUUUCGAUUGGACGGCACAUAUGCCGGCGGCUUCAGAUGACCGGAAUUAUCAUUCCGACGAGGAGAGAGGUGGUGGAGGAGAGAGUGAUGAAGAUGGGGUAAUAAUUCCUCACUCUGCACCCAUAAUGGUGGUUGGUGGAGGAGUGGCUUUUGGAGGCAAGGAAAGAAGUUAAAUCUGUAGAAGAGAAAGAGAACUGAAGAACCAUGGCUCCACCUCGGCUUCUGCAAUUCACUCUCAAGAAGUGAUGAGAGGAUCUUUGGAUUGUAGUCUUUUUUGUCUUAUUUUGCUUAAUUUUUUGUUUAAAAAAAAUGUAAGAUUGAAGAACAAAAUAGAAAAGAGUUUUUCUUUGGACAGCAAAUAGAAAGACUUCUUUUUCUUUCGGGGAUUAA